ACGAUGUAUAUAAAGAAGAGUUUGUAAAUCACAGCACGUUAGUCAGUAAUCUAUUUUAGAACUGAUACGGUGGUGAGAUUAGUGGUAGUGGCAACCACAGGUGAAAAAUGAAUUUCAAAUUUCUACUUUUGCUGGUUUUAGUGGCAUUCCUUAUAAUGGAAUUGGAUGCUAGAAAACCACAUAAGAAAGGAAAGAAAGGUCACAGAAGGCCUAAAGGUCACCAUCAUCACAAGGGUCACGGGAAGGGAAAGGGAGCGAGUUUAGGGUUCAGCUUUAGUCUUGAAAAUACUCACGACAAGGGGAAAGGAGGCGGCUGGGGACACGAAGUCCCCCUGAGACUGCCAAGACUGAAACUCAUCAAACCAAAAAUAAAGUUUAUUCCGUGGAGAAUAAAAGUCCUCAGGCCCAAGUUAAUUGUUAAGGGUCCUAGAUUCAAGGUAUACUAAGGGGAUGUUAUUGUUCACUUAUAUAUAAACUUGUAAUAAUACGGGGUGUUUGUUGGUAAUGGGGAACAUUUGCCGUGUGUUUGUAUUUUGUAUGUACAUGUUAAUAAUGAAAUAUAUAUAAUUUAGAAAUUGA